GUUGCAAGCAUGGGCUGUGGGCACGGCCGUGGAAGGGGCAGAGGGCGAGGAGGCAGAUUUGGCAGCAGUAACUUCAGUGGAGGCCGUGGUAAUGGAGGAUAUGGCACAGCAACAACAACAACAAUGGCUACGGGCGUGGGCGCGGUCGAUUUGAUGGCGAAUGCCACUUUUGCCACAAGACCGGCCACAUGUGGAGAGAUUGCUUCAGAUUGCCUGAUGGAUGGACCCCUUCUCAAGGCCAAGAGGGCAGAGGAGCAAGGGGAGGAAGAGGCAGAGGUCGUGGAGGCCGUGGUGGCCGUCAAGGCGUGUGAAUCCAAGGAGAGUGGUGCAGCAGCCAAAGGUGGUGGAAAUGAGGAGGAGAAUCCUAAGAUCAGUAAAGCAGCAGUGGCGAAGGAGAAAGGAGAGAGCUCGUGGGGCACAAUUGCGAGUGCCGCUUUCUCCAACCUGACUUCCGCUAUGGGAGAGUGUGAUUGGCUGACCUUGCAUCGGCGAAUGGGGCAUGUGGCAUUGCCCAUUUUGCAGCAGAUAGUUAAGCAAGAGAUGGUCAGUGGAAUACGUGUCCAACAUGCAUGCAAGCCAAGUUCACUCGCUACCCGGUCCAUAGCUCGGAGACAACGGCGAAGGCACCACUUGAUGAGGUGGUGAUGGAUGUGGUGGGCCCCUUGAAGCUUGGAGCUGCUGGAGCAGAGUACUUCCUCACCAUUGUGGACGUCUACAC